AGGCAAACAGCGUGGGGAAGACAAAGCACAGAUAAGCGAGGCUCCUUGCAGCCCUCCGUUGAGAACUUGACACUUUCCAGACCGCAGCCAGCAUGGUUGUCCUGAAUCCAGUGACCCUGGGAAUUUAUCUUCAGCUUUUCUUCCGUUUCAUCGUGUCUCAGCCCACUUUCCUCACCAGCGUGCUUCCGAUUUCAGCAGCCCUUCCCGGCCUGGAUCAGAAGAAGCGUGGCGGCCACAGAGCAUGCUGCCUGCUAACCCCCCCACCACCCCCUCUGUUCCCACCACCGUUCUUCAGAGGGAGCCGAAGUCCGCUUCUCUCCCCAGACAUGAAGAAUCUCGUCCUGGAACUGGAGACCACACGGCCCCCAUGCGCGCAAGGGUCGCUCAGCUCCCCCGGGCCUCCGGGGCCCCAGGGCCCGCCUGGGCUUCCCGGCAAGACAGGACCAAAGGGAGAAAAGGGGGAGCUUGGCCGACCGGGAAGGAAGGGCAGACCUGGCCCCCCAGGUGUUCCUGGCAUGCCUGGGCGUGUUGGCUGGCCCGGCCCUGAAGGCCCCAGGGGUGAAAAAGGUGACCUGGGGAUGAUGGGCUUGCCAGGGUCAAGAGGACCAAUGGGCUCCAAGGGCUACCCUGGAUCCAGAGGGGAAAAGGGAUCCAGAGGUGAAAGGGGUGACUUGGGUCCCAAAGGAGAAAAGGGUUUCCCAGGACUUCCUGGAAUGUUGGGGCAGAAAGGUGAAAUGGGACCAAAGGGCGAGCCCGGGAUAUCAGGCCACCGGGGGCCCACAGGAAGACCAGGAAAACGAGGCAAGCAGGGGCAGAAGGGAGAUAGUGGAGUUAUGGGCCCACCAGGCAAACCUGGGCCUUCUGGUCAACCUGGCCGUCCGGGCACCCCAGGCCCCCCGGGUCCCCCAUCUGCAGGACACCUUGUAACAGGACCCAAAGGGGAAAGAGGAUUUCCCGGGCCUCCAGGAAGAUGUCUUUGUGGCCCUCCCAUUAAUGUGAAUAACCCUUCCUACGGGGAGUCUGCGUAUGGGCCCAGUUCCCCACGAGUUCCUGUGAUAUUUGUGGUCAACAACCAGGAGGAGCUUGAGAGAUUGAACACCCAACAUGCCAUUGCCUUCCGCAGAGACCAGAGGUCUCUGUACUUCAAGGACAGCCUUGGCUGGCUCCCCAUCCAGCUGACGCCUUUCUACCCUGUGGACUACCCCGUAGACCACCGCGGCUCCUGCGGGGACGGGGUCCUGCAGCCGGGGGAGGAGUGUGAUGACGGGAACGGUGAUGUGGGUGACGACUGCAUCCGCUGUCGCCGGGCCUACUGUGGAGAUGGUCACCGGCACAGGGGCGUGGAGGACUGUGACGGCUCUGACUUCGGCCACCUGACCUGCGAGACCUAUCUCCCCGGGUCGCAUGGAGGCCUGCGGUGCACCCCGUACUGCUACAUCGACUCCACGCCCUGUCGCUACUUCACUUGAGGGCCGCCGGGAGGAGGCGGCGGCACCCACAGACCUGGCAGCAGCGUCUCCACCCUCGGCAGACUGACCUCGCCCUGUCCUGGCCCGGUUUCCAUCACCUUCAUGCAACAGAAACAAGGACAAACUCUUGCUGCUAAGAUGUGCUUUUAACGCAGUCCGACUGGAAGAACCUAGGACCGCUGCAUCCUGUCUUAACCCCGAGUACCGGGCAUCCUCCACACGCCCAUC